UACAUUCGUAACAUGUCCGACGAGAUUUCAGUCUCUCGGUUUCGUGCUUACAGUCUACACCGGUUCAUCGUCGAUGAUCGUUCAUACGGUUAACUUUAAAAUCUAAUUUUCGUUCUAAGGUCUUCGAUUUAUCGAUUACCCGGAAAGUCACUAAAGCUUGACGAAUCCACCGGCUUCUCUGAAUUCCUUUCCUUUCCUUUCCUUUCCUUUCCUUUUCUCUCCACUACUGCUUAUUCUCUUCCUACUUCUCCUCCUUCUCCUCAUCCUCCUCCUCCUCUUUCUCCUCUUCUUCUUGCUAUCCUCCCCACUCUCCACAGUUGGUCCAGUGUUUCAUUAUACCGUAUGAAGUACACAUAGCAACCGACAGUUCGUGCGACGAGUUGGUACCGGUAACGGUGUUUGGAAAAGAUUGCGUCUUCUAACUACGAAAGAAGAAGAGAUAAAAGAAGAGAUGUCUCCCAGUCAAUAUUAUCACGUGCAGUGCACGCCAACCGUCUACCCGGCUGAUCCUUUUAAUUCCGAGGAAGAUGCAACUCUUUUACGAACGGCAAUGAAGGGCUUUGGUACUGACGAACAAGCCAUUAUCGAUGUACUUGCCCAUCGUGGAAUCGUUCAGCGUCUUGAAAUCGCUGAAAAAUUUAAAACGAUGUACGGGAAAGAUCUUAUCUCUGAAUUGAAGUCCGAGCUUGGCGGUAAUUUUGAAAAAGCUAUUAUCGCCUUGAUGACACCACUUCCAGAAUUUUAUGCAAGAGAAUUGCACGAUGCAAUUUCUGGAAUGGGCACGGACGAAGGUGCUCUCAUCGAAGUAUUAGCAUCUUUAAGCAAUUAUGGGGUUAAAACUAUAGCUGCCGUUUAUAAAGAGCUAUACGAUACUGAUUUGGAGGAUGAUCUCAAAAGCGAUACUUCCGGUCAUUUCAAGAGACUCCUUGUUUCGUUGUCAUGUGCAAACAGAGAUGAAAGUUCGGAAGUCGACGUUGCGGCCGCUACGGAGGAUGCUGAAAAACUUUUAGCCGCUGGUGAAGAACAAUGGGGAACGGAUGAGAGUACAUUUAAUUCUGUAUUGAUCACGAGAAGUUUCCCACAAUUAAGACAAAUUUUCAAAGAAUAUGAACGCCUGGCUGGUCAUUCAUUGGAAGAAGCUAUCAAACAAGAAUUUUCAGGCUCUCUUGAAGAUGGUUAUCUAGCAGUUGUAAAAUGCGCCAGAGAUAAAACCUCGUACUUCGCUGAAAGACUAUACAAAGCUAUGAACGGAAUUGGUACUACUGAUUCAACGUUAAUACGAAUAAUAGUAGCACGAUCGGAAAUUGAUUUGGGUGACAUCAAGGAGGAUUAUCAGAAAAUUUAUGGGACAUCGCUUGCAGGUGACAUCGAUGAUGACACUUCCGGUGACUACAAGAGACUCUUGCUUGCCCUACUCGGAUGAAAACGUUUUGAUCGUUCAACAUCUCCUUUUUGCUUUUAAAUCGUAUUUUAAUACCAUGGAUGAUACGUAAUGAUUAUCUCUUCUAAAUUUUAAGUUAAUUAGUUUCUUCUCAAUAUGAUUCUCAUGAUUGAGGGUGAAUAAGAUUUGAUUAUGUAUGUGUGUGCGUGUUCCAAUAUUUCUUUUUUUUUUUAUUCGUUUCGUUUUUUUUUCUUUUUCUUUUUUCCCCCCGCCCCCUUCUUUGUCCCACCUCGAAUAAAGUGCAGAUAAUCGCAUUUAUAGAUCAUGCUGGUCUGCACUUUAAAAUUACAUUGUAUACAAAACUUUCAAGAGAAAAGAUUAAUCGAAACCUUUUUACAAAACAAAGGCUGUGAGCUACUAUAAAAAAAAGGAAAAAAAAAAGAAAAACAAAAAAAAA